AUGAGAGACUUUUCUUUCCAGAGAUGUAUAUUCCCAAGAAACGGAGAGAACGUAUCUAAUCGGGAAGAACACAACUCUCCACGUUCUUUGCCCGUCUCGUAGGUUACGCAACGCAUCAGCAGCUGGGUUUUGUCUGUCUAACUUAUAACUUAAAGAAAGCUUCCUCUCUUAUAGUUUGCCGUACGUUUAAAGGAGGUGUCUCUACGGAUUCAAUUGAAUAUGCAGAAGAAACAAGAAGUUUCUGAGUACAGAGAGAGACUUAACGAGACCUUGUCCUCUCCUGAGCUCUCUAAUGACCAAACUCUUAAAACCCUUAUCAGAAAACAGCUCAAUGAAGAGCGUAAUGUGGAUAUAUUGGAUCGGAGAGUAGCUGCUUUAUCCAGUACGAUUGAGAAGCUUAGGAGUGUAUCAAAAAAGGAUCAAGAAUUGGCUAAAUCAAGCAAUGAUGCAUCUUAUGGUGAUUGGAAAUUGAAACAUGAUGAUGAAGAUUGUCGUGUUAUGUACCGUGAAGGACUUAAAGGAAGUCCAUUUCAUACACUGCUCGUUGAAGGUUGCAUUGAUGGGACUAUCGAAGACUGUUUAUGUGUAUGCUUGGAAUCAUCAUUCUAUGAGAAAUGGUGGCCAAAAUUGGCAUUUCCGUCAUUCAGGGUCUUAGAAUCUAAAUGCUUGCAAAAGUGUAGGAUUGAUGAACAGAUAUGUUUAGUGAGGGUGAAAGCACCGUGGCCACUGACAGACAGAGAAGCUAUUUUGCAGUUUUACGUAUUCGAAUACUUUAAAGACGGUUUAGUCAUCAUCCUAUUAAACUCGAUCGAAGUAGAGAGCAACGGUAUAGCUGAAGUAGUGAAUGCUGUGAGGAUUGAUUUCGUAGGCGGAGUUGCGAUACAAAAGGUGACUCAAGAGAGGAGUUACAUGAGAUUCAUAGCAGAAGUGGAUAUAAAGCUGGACUUGGUCCCUCCAUCUCUUAUUAAUUUUAUGUCUAGGCAGCUCCUCGGCAACGGUUUCAAACUUUUCAAGAAGACUAUAGGUUCGGUGGCUGAAUCCGAUGAUUACAAGAGAGUUUUAGCUGAUCCAUUGUAUACUCAGAUACAUGAAGCUCUGUAUUCUACUGCUAUAACUAAUGAAAUCUGCCAUGUAAAUGAGCUUCAUAGCCAACAAGGAAUAGAUUGUGAAGAGAAUGAACCCAAGUUGGAAGCUGAUGAUCUAUAUAUAGCAAAAGAAAAUGAGACUCAACUUGGCGAGAAUGGAUCUGUUGUACCUAGCAAAAGAGAUGUUCCUGAGAUUCAGGAAGAAGAUUGUAUAGAUGAAAGAGAAGAAGACAAAAGUGUUGCUUCUUCUUCUUCUUCUUCUUCGGUAGAGGAUGAAAAUUUCACCGGGAAGACUCAAAACAAGGUUGGCAAAACACGUUUCUGCAUAAGUCCAGAGGUGAAGCAAGCUUUAGGGACACUAGAGAGAGUGAUAUCAAUGGUUAGAAAAUCCAAAACAGAUAAUAGUAAGACAUCAACCUCUUCGGGGGAAGAAGAAGAAGAAACAUCACCGAUGCAGCAUUCAGGGAGCACUCAUAUUGUUUCUAGUAGCAAAGUUUGUAUUCAAGAUAUUAAAACUGAAAUUCUUGAGGAAGCAUCCUUUGCACAUUAUCACAACAACAAUAACAACAACAGCAACAGGCGAAGUGGAUCGAGUUCUUUUGCAAGAGAAGGAAACAAAAUAGCCCCUGCAUCACCCGAGAUCGAUCUUACAACAAACUCUGAGGUCCCAAGGAUAACAGUCUCACAAGCCACAACUCUAUUUAGCCAAACAAUAGAGAAUUGUGAAGACAAACCGAGUGGUUUAAAUGGAGGUAAGAGCUCAAGUCUGCAGAGGAAACGUAACAACACGGGCUGCUUUGGUUUCAGGUUUUGCGUAAGGACUUGAAAACUGGCAUUGGUAAAAAAAAGCCAAAGAUUUUGUUUCUUUGAAGUUGCAUAUACAAAGGAAACAUCAUUUGUUUUCACUUCACUGUGGUUAGUGCUAAUAUUUUACAACGGUCUAGACCUUAUGAAUAAAAUGAGAAAUUCGGUUGUAAAUGUUCUAUUAAUAAUAAUUCCAAAUAAUUAUAAUAAGA